GUGCGCGCCGGGACGUGGGUCGGUCGGCCCGCCUGUGCUGGCGGAGGCUGUUACCCCGCUCCGCUCCGGUUCCCCUCUCGCCGCCGCCAUGGCCCUCAACAAGUCGAUGCACGCACGCAACCGGUACAAGGACAAGCCGCCCGACUUCGCCUACCUGGCGGGCAAGUACCCCGAGUUCCAGCAGCAUGUGCAGACCACCCUCACCGGCAGGGUGAGCCUGAAUUUCAAGGACCCCGAGGCAGUGAGAGCGCUGACGUGCACCCUCCUGAAGGAGGAUUUUGGGCUUACGAUUGACAUCCCCGUGGAAAGGCUUAUUCCGACCGUUCCCUUGAGGCUGAACUACAUCCACUGGGUGGAGGAUCUCAUCGGUCACCAAGAUGCUGGCGAGCGAGUGGUCAGGCGAGGCAUUGACAUAGGGACAGGGGCAUCUUGCAUAUACCCACUGCUAGGAGCAACUUUGAAUGGCUGGUAUUUUCUUGCGACAGAAGUGGAUGAUAUGUGCUUCAAUUAUGCCAAGAAGAAUGUGGAACAGAAUAACCUGUCUGAUCUUAUAAAAGUGGUUAAGGUACCACAGAAGACUCUUCUAAUGGAUGCACUGAAAGAAGAAUCUGAGAUCAUUUACGAUUUCUGCAUGUGCAACCCCCCCUUUUUUGCCAACCAGCUGGAAGCAAAGGGAGUGAAUUCUCGAAAUCCACGGCGUCCUCCUCCCAGCUCUGUGAAUACAGGAGGGAUCACAGAAAUCAUGGCUGAGGGGGGAGAACUAGAAUUUGUCAAAAGAAUUAUUCACGAUAGUCUACAGCUUAAAAAGAGGUUACGAUGGUACAGUUGCAUGUUGGGGAAGAAAUGCAGUUUAGCACCAUUGAAGGAGGAACUUCGAAUCCAGGGGGUUCCUAAAGUUACUCAUACUGAAUUCUGUCAAGGACGCACCAUGAGAUGGGCACUGGCGUGGAGUUUCUAUGAUGAUGUGCAAGUACCUUCACCUCCCUCUAAAAGAAGAAAAUUAGAAAAACCACGAAAACCAAUUACAUUUAUGGUUUUGGCUUCUACAGUCAAAGAGUUAUCCAUCAAAGCUGCAGCUAUGAGUUGGGAUGCUGUAGAAGCCAUUGCUGUGGUUAGAGCCUGGGUAGAGAAGAUUCUCACUGAUCUGAAGGUUCAGCACAAACGUGUUCCCUGUGGAAAAGAUGAAGUUAGCCUGUUUGUGACUGCCAUUGAAAACUCCUGGAUUCAUUUGAGGAGAAAGAAACGAGAGAGAGUAAGGCAAUUACGAGAACUUCCUCGAGCUUCUGAAGAUGUUCUGCAAGCAAUGGAAGAGGAAAAAACCAGCCAGAAGAGUGAGAGCAACAAUUCAGGCUGUGAAAACCCCAAGACUGAAGACUCUGAAAUGAGGUUUGUAGCACCUGAUGAGGAAGUCCAGUUGACCACAGGUGAUGAGCUACCGGAAGAGUCUGCUGCCAAAGAAGAACAUUGUGAGCAUGUGAAGGAGGAGGAGACAGAAGCAAAGCAGGGAGAAACAUCACUUGGCAAAGGUUCCAGUAACGCAAAGGAGGAAUCUUGCUCUUCAGAGGAAUCUAGCAAUCUGACAGUUGAAAAGGAACAAAGUCCCAAAGAAACUAGCAGAUGUUUUCUCUUUAAGUGCUUAAUGAAUGUCAAGAAAGAAGGAAAUGAUGUAUUAGUAGAAAUGCAUUGGGUUGAAGGGCAGAACAGAGACUUGAUGAACCAGCUGUGCACAUACUUACGGAACCAAAUUCUUCGACUGGUUGCUAGUUAGCCCUUUUUCCUACUUUGGGAAAGUAAGUCAAUCCUCAAAUUUUGUAAGCUAUUUUUAAUGGAUUAAAAGUUUCAGAAGUUUCGGUUAGCAAAACCUGGCUUUCCCCCUUAAAAAUAAUAUUAAAACGGAGAUAGAAGUCCCUUUAAUAUUUUAAAUAGCUUUGUCAAAGCUGCGCUCUAUUGGACAUGAGGUCAUGGGGAAGUAAUAGAUUUUGUGCUGCGAUUGUAAAACUACAUGUUGAAGUGAAAUAUGUCUGUUUUGAGUAUUUCAGAUAGCAACAGUGCUUAUUCUGGUAUUUUUUCUGGUAUAAUAGACUUAUAUAUUGUUAUUAAGUAGAAAUCUUUACUGAAAUAUUUUCUUCAGUAUUUUUUCAAUAAUGAAGCAGGAAAUGGUUAGUCUGCUGUGGGAAUUGUUUUCUGUGGUGAGGAGUCUUCAACACAGGUUUUAUGUAUGCCUCUCUUCCCUUUGAUGCAUUUAACCUUUGGUCUGCAGAGCUGGAUACAUCCUCCAAGGGUCAAUUCAUUAAAAUAAUCACUUCAGAAGAAACACGUGUUGUGCCUUUAUGGUGCUUGGACUUUGAAACACAGAAGAGGCUACUGUUAGCAUCUGAUUUUGUAAACUUUGUUUUAACAACAAAAUAAGCUUUUUUGAGCUGCUUGCUUUAAAGAGGUUUUAACUAUGUUGGCUGUUCCAUUAGACCAUUCCUUACACUAAUUCAAAUAGAAUUGUCUGAAAUGACAGCAGUGUUCUUAAAGGGUGUUGCUUCCAUUUCGUCUUCUAAGAGAUUGCUUUAAUGACAGGGAUGAGAGUACAUGCUCAUAUUCAUGGGCCAGAAAUUCCUUAUGCAGGACAGAGAUGGGUACAGAAGCUUUAGGCUGUUGUGGAGGCAGACAGCUGGAAAGAAGGCUGCUGCUUGCACACCUGACUCCCUGCUCCUUUUUACCACCAGCUGUUUUCCCAGUGUUCCUGGGCCAGUGACCGGUUCCUGUGAGCAGAGAGGAUGAGGGGCAUGGCUCUUGGGUGCCUCAGAGAGGGUGUGUGCGUUUGAGACGAUGUGCACUGGCAGUGCUUCACAUGAAGUCGGCCUCCUGAGCUGUGAUCCGUUUCUCUGUAGAGAUGUACAGAACAUGGAGAGAAAGUUCUCUCUAAAGAAGUUCUUCCCUGUGAGGGUGCUGAGGCGCUGGCACAGGGUGCCCAGAGAAGCUGUGGCUGCCCCAUCCCUGGCAGUGUUCAAGGUUGGACACAGGGGCUUGGAGCAACCUGCUCUAGUGGAAGGUGUCCCUGCCUGUGGCAGGGGGUUGGAGCUGGAUGAGCUUUAAGGUCCCUUCAACCCAAACCAGUCUGGGAUUCUAUGAAAGUUUUUCUGAGAAAGUGGAAUGUGCGUGUGUUAACCCACAAUAAAAGAUGCGCUGCUGGUGGACAGAAGGAAAUGCUGCAUAUGUUCAUGCCACUGGAACCACUUUGUUCACCCAUAGCUGUCAAUGUUUCUGGAAAGAUUAAUAUGUUGUCUUAAGUUGAAAUUAAAAGCAACUUGGAAAAGCCUUCA